AUGUGGAAGGACAAAGCUCCACUGUUGUCUUCUAAUCCUUACCAACGAGCCCUGGCAAGAUUCUGGGUUGACUAUCUCGACAAGAAGAUUUAUAGUAGCAUCAGGGGAACAAUAUUGAAUUCAAAGGGAGAGGAACAAGAGAAGGCUAAGAAGGAACUGCUAGAGGGAUUGAAGGUCUUGGAAGAAGAACUACAAGCCCCACUUUGGAGCUGGUUUUAUGCCAUAGAGACUUUGGUCAAUAUCAGCAUAGAGGCUGCUUGCCCAAAGUUGAUUGCAUGGGCUAAGAGGUGCAUGCAGAGAGAAAGUGCCUCCAAGUCCCUUCCUGAUUCACUCAAGAUCUAUGAUUUCGUUCUUCAACUGAGAAAAAAGUUUGGUGUGGUUGAUUAG